UCCUAUUAUCAUGGCAGUCAACAAUACCCAAUCCAGGGAUGCUGUCGACACGAAUUAUCCCUCUGUCACAGCAGCUCCUCCGAGAUCAUUCUCCAUCGAAGGGUUCCGCAUAACGACUCAAAAGCUCCCGAUACUGAAAGCUGGACCGAUCGAAGAGAUGACGAACAAGCUAGGCAUUGCACCUCCUGAGAUGAUAUUCGGCGACAACUUCGUGGCGAUCGAACACCCGCCGUCUCACUGGGGGAUCAAGUUUGAUGCAUUCGGGGCCCUAGACCGGGUGGAUAAGACUGGCGAGAAGAGGCUGAAAGUAGCAUAUUCAAAAGAGUGGCAUCAGAGCAGAGAGGACUCACAUGACAUCAAGGAAGUCAUCAAACCCUUCGACUGGUCCUAUACUACCGACUACAAAGGAGAUCUUGCCCCGGAGAGUCCGCGCUUCAAAGAAGGGAGCAACCCCAUCCCGCUAGAACUGCUGAAGCGACCGGAUCCAAUAUUAUUCUUCGAUGAUGUGAUCCUGUACGAAGACGAGCUCGCAGAUAAUGGAAUCACAAUGCUUUCCUGCAAGAUCAGGGUCAUGCCUGCUCGCUUACUCCUUCUGUGCCGGUUUUUCAUGAGGCUCGAUAAUGUUCUGCUAAGACUUCGGGACACCAGGGUAUAUGUCGACUUUAGCAAGAAGGAGGUAAUACGGGAAUACGUCGCACGAGAGGAUUCGUACGACAAAGUUCAUGACGAACUCGCAGCCAGAAGGGAUGAUGUCGCUGCCGUACUCCGAGAUGCCAACCAGAUGCCGGAUCUUCUACCGGUGGUCGAAAGAAAGCUUGAACGAGUUGAGUUGGGCAAGUGAGCUGUUGUCUUCCAGACCCACGAGUCGCAAUUGUCUGAGCACGUACGACUGAUAACAGCGUCGCCCGCGAAAAUACUCCCGGGAGGAAAGAUUUUUCUCGAGCACCGCUCCUGUGCAGAUCUUCGUCCUCAUUUCCAAAUACGAAGAAAUGUAUACAACCCAAACAAUGAUGAAGAAAACAUGAUUAGAACACCACCACAACGGCAGUAAACAACUCGACCCAAUACGUCAGGUUUGCAAGCACAAACAUCAAGUCCCACUCACAUUCGACGCAGAGAGAUUUGUCUUCACGUAAAAUGCCCCGACAAUGGCACAUGGGAAUUGAAGUCGUGUAUAUGCGAUGCUAUCCAGCAUUGUUUACACAUGCGGGUCACUGCUGGUCGGCCAUCAUUAUACUUCGAACUUCGCAGGCAUAGCAUGCAGUCAUGGGCUUCAUAGAAACCCCAGUCUGAACAAGAGACUGGGACUGGGGUAGGAGGACGGAGUCUGCUUCAGACACGUUCGAAGGACCCUCACGUAACCGCACCUAGACUCUCUAGCCACUCGCUUAACAGUUGAUGAUCUACAAAGCUGGGCAGGCGAACUACGGAGUACAGGUUCGUGUCAUCGCCUAAAAGCGUCUGCAGUGGACAUUGUCUCGCGAAAAAUCCCCAUAGAGUACAGGUCAGAAAUCAAUUGGCUUGACCCAGCUGAGCAAAUGAAAGUUCCGGUCAUGUCGAACACAUGAUG